GCACGCUCCCGCCCACUGCGCCUGCGCGGCGUGACGACGCCACUCGGUCCCGGAAGUAGGAGGCGUCCGGCGGAGUUUGUGUGGCGGCCGCCGCGGGAACGCGAGUGAGCGCGGUCCUGUGUCUUCCAAAGAAGACAGGCGGCUUCGCGGGGGACUCGGUGGAGUGGGAGCGAGCGUCUGCGGCCAACGCCCGGCGUGAGAGGCGGCAUGGAGGACGAGCGCGGCCGGCAGCGUGGCGGCGACGCGGCUCAGCAGAAGACGCCGCGACGGGAGUGUGAGGAGCCGCGGCCGCUGAGCGCGGAGAAAAAGCAGCGAUGUAGACUUGAUGGCAAAGAAACAGAUGGAUCUAAGUUCAUUACCUCCAAUGGAAGUGACUUCAGUGACCCAGUUUACAAAGAGAUUGCAAUGACAAAUGGUUGCAUUAAUAGAAUGAGUAAAGAGGAACUCAGAGCCAAACUUUCUGAAUUUAAGCUUGAAACCAGAGGAGUCAAGGAUGUCCUAAAGAAGAGAUUGAAAAACUACUACAAGAAGCAGAAGUUGAUGUUGAAAGAAAGCAAUUGUGUGGACAGUUACUACGACUACAUUUGUAUUAUUGACUUUGAAGCUACUUGUGAAGAGGGAAACCCAGCUGAUUUCAUACAUGAAAUCAUUGAGUUUCCUGUUGUUCUGUUGAAUACACACACCUUAGAAAUAGAAGACACGUUUCAGCAGUACGUGAGGCCAGAGGUUAACUCCCAGCUGUCAGAUUUCUGCGUCAGUCUUACUGGAAUUACUCAGGAUCAGGUAGACAGAGCAGAUGCUUUCCCUCAGGUCCUGAAAAAAGUAAUUGAGUGGAUGAAGUCAAAAGAAUUAGGAACCAAGUACAAAUACUGCAUAUUAACAGAUGGCUCCUGGGAUAUGAGUAAGUUCUUGAACAUCCAGUGCCAGCUCAGCAGGCUCAAAUACCCUCCUUUUGCUAAAAAGUGGAUCAAUAUUCGAAAGUCAUAUGGGAACUUUUAUAAGGUUCCUAGAAGCCAAACCAAACUGACAAUAAUGCUGGAAAAAUUAGGAAUGGAUUAUGAUGGACGGCCUCACAGUGGUCUUGAUGACUCUAAAAAUAUUGCUAGGAUAGCAGUUCGGAUGCUUCAGGAUGGAUGCGAACUUCGAAUCAAUGAAAAAAUGCACGGAGGACAGUUGAUGAGUGUGUCAUCUUCCUUACCAGUAGAGGGCGCUCCAGUUCCACAAAUGCCACACAGUAGGAAGUAGCUGCAUUUUUGUCUGGAUCAGUUGCUACAAAGAGGUAGCAGAUGAAUGCAUCUGAGCUAGUCAACCAUCAAGCAACUUAAACAGUUAAAAUCUUACUACAAUUACAGAUAGAUGGGUAUGUAUGCAAACAUUUUGUGGGAGGACACGCUGAGUUCCUUGUCACCAGCACUUUUGAUAUGGGCAGUAUUUGUUACACAGUAGCCAUCAUCCCUGCUUAGAAUUGAGUUUUAUAUUAAUGUGUCCAAGAUGUGUCCCUUUGGUUUUAAAAUGGGAAGUUUUAUUGGUCCACUCCCUGAACAUCGUGUCUUACGGAUGUUGAAAUUUGACAUGAGUGUCUACCUUAACACCAUUAAAUAUGUUUUUAGAAGUGUGGGAAGGAAUGAAAA